CAUAAUCAUAGAAACAUACAAAAUGGACGCUAAAACCCCAGUCACUUUAGCCAAGGUCAUCAAGGUCUUAGGUAGAACCGGUUCCAGAGGUGGUGUCACCCAGGUCAGAGUCGAAUUCUUGGAAGAUGCUUCCAGAACCAUUGUCAGAAACGUCAAGGGUCCUGUCAGAGAAAACGACAUCUUGUGUUUGAUGGAAUCUGAAAGAGAAGCCAGAAGAUUGCGUUAAGAGUCAUGGAGCUGUUGGUUUUGUCAUAUUUGUAAAUUAGGAACGAAUAACAUCCAGUAUCUACCAGGGAUUUCUCCAUUAAAAGUUUGUUGUUAAGGCUACUCUGUUAGGUAUCAGUUUAUUCAACAUAUAAUAAAGGUUUAGCAUAG